AUGAAGGACAUUAUAGUGUUCCAAUUCAGCAAAUCAGCAGAUAUUGAGGUAGAAAAGGACAAAUUUUUACCGCUGAUAAAAAGGGAAUUUCCUGCGCUAGCAUUGUCCGGGAAAAAGAACAUCAACAAAUUGUCUUGUUUAAAGAAACUCGGUAUGGAGAAAUACAUUGCAUUUUUAGAAGAAUUAGGAUACCGGGUUCCAAAAUCACCGGAUGAUUUGUUAAUGCAGAUAAAUUCAACAGAACAGUUGGAGAGUACGGUCUUUCUGGAAGACGAGGGCCCAUAUGACGGUCUGGAGAGUACAGACAUCCCUCAAAAUGUAUGUUCAGGCAAACAAGCGGAGCUGAAAAAACAUCUGAGUAAAUUAACGAAAGAAGAGUUAGAGAAGGAGCUUGCGAAACACGGAGUGCCUUAUGUUUAUGCCCGUACUAAGGAUGCGGCGGACGCUCUAGCUAAAAUAAGGGAUGGAACCUUAGUUCUGCCUCCCACGGCGAUGCAGGAGUCCGGUCCUCACGUUUCAUCAGAAAAUAACCCUUUCUGUUUGCAAAACUCUGUAGCACCUAGACCUACAGAAGGACAAAUUGCACUGAAUUAUAAUGAUUUAUGUUCUCAAGUAAAUCGGAACCACUUAGGAGCCCUGGACGAAAGACGCUUCUCAAAUCCUUUCAGAAAUACAGUAGAGACACAGCCUUUUCUCCAGCAAGAAGAGAUCCCUUUUUAUCGACAUUCCUCUUAUCCGGAGGCAAUAUCAGGCAGGCAUAAUAAUGCUCCAAGGUUUACGUAUCACAGAGAUCCCUCUGGGCUAUUCUAUAAUCAGCCCUCAAUUUAUGUAAAACCCCCGAAGUUGGGCACACCGGACUUCAAAAAAGAUGAGCCAUUAGAAUUUUUAAGGCAAAUCGAAAUAUAUGCGGAAAUAGCCGGCUGGGAUGAUUCACAUAAGAAGGUAUGUCUAGCGGCAGCAUUGGAAAAAGCAAAUGCAUUAUGGUACAUAAAUAAUAGACAAUAUUUAAUAUCUUUAUCGUUUGCUGAUUUUAAGAAGAAGUUCAUUAAAGAAUUCAAAAAAACAACCAAUUUGGGCAACGACCUCCUAGAAUUUCAAAGUAGAACCCAAAAAGAAGACGAAACGUGCCGUGAAUAUCUGGAAAAGAAACUGUACUUGGCCACAACAGUGCGGGACAGAGUAACAGAUAAAGAAUUGAUAGAAAUAAUAAUCACUGGGCUCAAGCAAGAAAUGGCUGAAAAAAUAUUUCUUCUUCAGAACGAUACGAUUGAACAACUGCGUGAAAAUGUGCGAAAGGUUGAGCAAGCAAAGAAAAUUGGGAUAUUAACUUCGAAAUCAACGACACAAACGAACGCAGUGCAAGGAGGUUCGGAGCUUGUCACAGAGCUGAAGAAUUUAACCGCAUUGAUAAGAAACAUGCAAGUAGGAGAAA